CUUACUCGUGCCCAAGAUGGCGGCUGCGGCAUUGCUCCGCGGCACGGCUCCGGGGCGCGGCGGCCCGGCGUGGCGCUGGCGGCUGCGCGCGGCCCCGGUGCGCCGCCUCGCCCACACCUCCGGCCUUCACGGCGGCGACGCCGCGGGCGGCCAGGCUUGGGCCUGCUUCCCGCUGGGCGAGCGCGCCCUGCUGCGCGUGCGCGGGCCGGACUCGGCGCCCUUCCUUCUGGGGCUGCUAACCAAUGAGCUGCCGCUUCCGGGUCCCGCGGACGGCGCGGGACCGCCCCCGGCGCGUGCGGGCUACGCCCACUUCCUUAACGUCCAGGGACGCACGCUCUAUGACGUCAUUCUCUACGGGCUCCUCGAGCGCACGGACCAGGCGCCCGCCUUCCUCCUGGAGUGUGACCGCGCGGCGCUGGGCGCUCUGCAGAGGCACCUAGCGCUCCACAGGGUCCGGCGGAAGGUCACGGUGGAGCCGCGCCCCGAGCUGCGCGUGUGGGCCGUGCUUCCCGGCUCCCCGGAGGAGGCCUGCGGGGCCGCACCGCUGCAGGAGCCGGCUGGGAGCGUCGCCAUCCUCGCUCGCGACCCCCGCACCUCCCGCAUGGGUUGGCGGCUCCUGGCCGAGGGCCAGGGCCCGGCCCUGGUGCCCGGAGGCCGGCUGGGGGAGCUCCAGGAUUAUCACCGGCACCGGUAUCAACAAGGCGUUCCCGAGGGGGUCCAUGACCUGCCCCCAGGAGUGGCCCUUCCUCUGGAGUCCAACCUGGCCUUCAUGAACGGUGUCAGCUUCACCAAGGGCUGCUACGUGGGCCAGGAGCUGACGGCACGCACCCACCACAUGGGGGUCAUCCGCAAGCGCCUCUUCCCAGUGCAGUUCUCCGGCCCCCUCCCUGCCAGCGGCAUCGCUCCCGGCACCUCCGUGCUCACGGAGUCGGGGCAGGCAGCUGGCAAGUACAGGGCAGGCCAGGGGGACGUGGGGCUGGCCCUUCUGCAGUUGGAGAAGAUCAGGGGCCCUCUCCACAUCAGAACUGCCGAGAGUGGCCGGGUGGCUCUAACUGCAUCAGUGCCGGACUGGUGGCCCACAGCCCCCAAGUAGCCCUGAACGUCCCACCCUUCCACAGGCCCAGAGGGCCUCUGUCCACCUGCCUCGCCCUGCAGGGCGGCCCCACGCAGAGUGCCCUGUUGGACACAUGCCCCUUUGGGUGUGGGCCUCCCAGGGCUACAUGGGUGGUGGGUGCCUGCUGCGGCCCGAGGUCCCAGCCCACCAUGCUUCUUGUGGGGAGGUCGGGUGCUCAGUGUGGGCCCUCCUCUGGCGGCUCUGUGCUGGGGUGGCAGGCCCUCCCGGUUCUGGGGUGGGAGAGCCAGGCUCCGCACCCCAACUUCUGCCAGACCCUGGAUAAUGUUCCAUGCUGUGUCCGUCUGGAUGCUGUUUGUCUGUCAGCUGAGGACAGGACUCUCCAGGGCCCUGACCCAGACCGCCCACAGCCCCUCGGCCUGCUCCAAGUCUGAGGGUGGCGGGCAGGGUAGGGGGCUCUGGGAUUGUCUUAUUGCGCUGGCUGCGGGGCAUGUCUCCAGUGGGAACUGUGUGGGGCUGGGUGGGAGUCAGCAUCUCUGUGUGGAGGGAGGGGUGCACUGCUCCUGUGGCUCAAGUCUUGUGGGGCACUCUGCAUCACAGUGCUGGCUGUGGGAGCCCCGAGACUGUAAAGCGCCAGGCGCCACGUUUCAGAACUUUACCCAUGGGGUUCAGCAGCCCCCUUCUCCUCCCGGAGCUCCCGUGAACACAGGGACGCCUUGCUUCCUCCUUUCACCCGCUGCUUUUUGUCAUCCUGCUGCAGUGUGGACCUCGUGCUUGUAGGGUGUCCUCCGGAUGCCCCUAGCGAGUAUUAAAGUGUGACCCCAAGCGG